AUCUUCAAGGAUAUAUUGACAUAGUUUUGCAGCAGAUCGUUUCGAACCAAUAUUAUUAAUAUUUCUAGUAGAGAUAUCAGAAGAUUGUAGGAUCCUUAUCGAGAAUAUUAACAAUAGUAUAAAUAAUAAGCCAAUCUAGUUGUCUAAUUUUUCGAAAAAUAACUGACAGAGCGAAAUGUCUAAUAAUACUGAAUUGGUUAAGCUAUUCGACGAUUUUUGGCAAUGGAGAAUGAAAGAGUUUCCAGAAUUUUCAAGCUUAUGUGGCUUUAAGAAAUACGACAAUAAAUUAGAUGACUUUUCAUUACAAUCAUUUGACAAGAAGGCGGCAGAGGCUAGUGAAUUUUUGGUCAAAGCAAAUACAAUAAAGCAGAGUCUAGACUUAAAUUUUGAUGAUGAAAUGAAUCUAUUACUAUUCGAAGAGCAGCUAAAAUGUUAUAUUAACGGUCAUAAAUACAAGAUGUAUUUAAUGCCAGUUAAUUUCAUGGAAAAUGUUGUUGCCGAUUUUCAACAGCUAAGUACUUGGACUACUUUCGCUGUCGAAGAGGAUUUUAAAAAUUAUAUAGAAAGACUAAAGGCUUUCCCUACAAAGCUUGAACAAGUAAUUGGUCUUUUAGAAGAGGGUAUUAAAACUGGAAUUGUAAGUCAUCAUAGUUCAUUGAUGGGUGUUUGCGAUAAUAUUGAAAAAGUUAUUAAUUCAAAACCAACCGAUAAUUUCUUCUAUCAACCUCUUAAGGCAUGCACCAGUCAAACAAUAAUUCAAUCCGCUAUAGAUUGUAUUUGUAAUGAUAUUCAACCAGCUCUAGAGAAAUUUCAAUCUUAUCUGCAAAACGUCUACUUGAAAAAUACUAGAAAAGAAGAGGGUAUUCGUUCACUGCCCAACGGGAAAGAAAUAUAUCAAGCUUGUAUAGAUUUUCAUUUAACUGAUACCAAUGUCCACACUGCUGAGGAACUCCACCAAAUAGGAUUAGAGGAGAUUGAAAAGAUUAAAAUGAGAAUGGACGCCAUUAUGAAGAAAGCAAAUUUUCAGGGAAAUUUCAAGGAAUUUUUGCAUUUUUUGAGGAAUAAUAGUCAAUUUUAUUUUGAAUCUUCGGAAGAAACGCUAGCGGAGUACAAAAGAAUUACAUUUGACGUUAUUAGGCCUAAACUAGAACUAUUGUUCAAAAAUAUUCCCAAAUCUAAUCUUACUGUUGAUAUGACUCCCAGCAGCAAGCCGGAUGCGGCUGUGGCUUUUUAUUCUGCCGGAACACCCGAUGGAUCCCGUCCUGGGACUGUCUACGUAAAUGUCAGAAAUCCAAAGAUGUUAGGGUCUUAUGAGAUGACAACUUUAGCCCUGCAUGAAGGAGAACCUGGACAUCAUUUUCAAACAAUGUACUCUGCUGAAAUGACAGAUGAGCCUCAGUUCAAGUUAAACAUGGAGGAUAUGAACUACUUUAUGGCUCCUGCAAGAUUCCCUAUUUGUACAGGUUUUAUGGAGGGUUGGGGUUUGUAUUGCGAAAGCCUUGGAUAUGAAAUGGGCUUAUACAAUAAUCCCUAUGAUGAAUAUGGUUGCUUAUCCUUUGAUGCUCACCGAAUUUGCAGAUUGGUUGUUGAUACUGGGUUGCAUGUGCUCGGUUGGACUGAAGAAAAAGCUGUCCAGUACAUCCUUGACAACACCGCUAUUACAGAAAAAUUUGCCAUUAACGAGGUUCGAAGAUAUAUAAGUCUUCCAGGACAAGCGCUGGCUUAUAAAUUUGGUCAAAUGAAAAUAAGAGCGCUGAGGCAACUUAUGAAAGACAAACUACAAGAAAAGUACGAUAUUAAAGAUUUUCAUGAAUUGGUUUUGAAAUGUGGAUGUACGUCGCUGUCCGUAUUAGAAAAAGUAGUAAACAACAAAAUUCGAGAAAUAUCUGAAUAG